AUGGCGAUUCUCGCAUCACUCCCAAAUCCAAACCUCUUCUCAUCCCUCCCCACCACCCCACCACCCUCCGCCCCCUCCCCGCCCCCCAAACCCCCAAUUCCACCCCCCAAAUACCCUCCGCCUUUAAAAUCCCAGCGCCGCCAAAAUCCAGACCCUUCCACCAACCCCGCCUUCACCGCCCACCACCGCAGCUCCAAAUACUACAAGCCCGUCGAGCCCGGCCAGAAAAUCCAACCCGCCAACGACGAUCGCGCCGUCAUCGUCGGGCAUUCCGGAAUCUCCUACCACUUGCCCGGCGCCCCCUUCGAAUUCAUGUACAGCUAUUCCGAGACGCCUAAAGCUCAGCCCCUGGCGAUGCGGGAGCCCGCGUUCCUGCCGACUCAGGCGGAAUUUCCGCGCCACUUGGCUCCGUCUGCCGCUGUUCCGUGA